CAAGAAUUAUAUAAUUAGAGAAAACUUUUAAGUGUCACAAGCGGCUGUCUCUAUAAUGCGCAAAUACAUCGUUAUCAGUUUUAAUCACUAUCAGUAACUUUACUGAACUUAAUUGAUCAUUUUAAUUUUUCAUGUUACUCUCUCCUUCUUCUUCACUUGUUCUCUUUCUCAUCGCCUCUUGAUUCACGCGAACGAGAAAGCGACGAUCGUAACCACCGGCGCUGACCAAAAAGUAAUCGAUUCUCUUCCCGAGCUGAUCUCUCAGGUGUCUUGAAUCUGAAUCUGUGGCUAUAUUUGGUGCUCGGUGGUGAGCAGGAAGGGAGGGGGAUAUUGUCAGGGUUUUAAUGUACGUCAGAUGAAUAGAGCAACUAAUGUUACUGGCAGUAGAAGGAGGGGGUUUAUUCUCAGCGUCCGCGUCUGGGUAUAGUAAGGGAUUGACCCUUCUUUUCUCUGGUGAUAAAGACGUAGAUAGGCCCAUGAGAGUUGUCCCGUGGAAUCACUACCAGGUGGUUGACCAAGAGCCUGAGGCUGACCCUGUUCUUCAGCUGGAUUCUAUUAAGAACCGAGUUUCCCGCGGUUGCGCUGCUUCCUUCAGUUGUUUUGGUGGCGCUUCCGCGGGACUUGAGACCCCUUCUCCUCUUAAAGUUGAACCUGUGCAGCAGCAGCAUCGUGAAAUAUCAUCACCAGAGUCUGUUGUUGUUGUUUCUGAAAAGGGUAAAGACCAAAUAAGUGAAGCUGAUAAUGGCAGCAGCAAAGAAGCUUUCAAACUCUCGUUGAGGAGUAGCUUGAAGAGGCCCUCUGUUGCGGAAUCACGCUCUCUAGAAGAUAUAAAAGAAUACGAGACGUUGAGUGUGGAUGGUAGCGAUCUCACUGGUGACAUGGCAAGGCGGAAAGUUCAGUGGCCUGAUGCUUGUGGUAGUGAACUCACUCAAGUUAGAGAAUUUGAGCCGAGUGAGAUGGGAUUAUCAGAUGAAGAAUGGGAGGUAGGACGACAAAGAACAUGUUCGUGUGUGAUCAUGUAAAUUCAGAAAUCAUCGGUAUCACUCUUUACUCAUGUCUUGUGUGCAUUGCUCAUAUAUUUAAAGUGUAUCUGUUAUUACAAAAGUUCUCUUCAAGGUUUUGGCUUGUACAUUAUUCCCUUUGUUUUGAGUGGCAACUUGUUCCGGGUUUCUGUUUUCUAAAAACGAUAAGACAACAUCCAAAUCGAUGCAAAGUGGAAGAGAGUGGCAAUAACUCUUGUUCUUGUAACGCUCUCAACCACAUUACGUACGUGUACAACAAAACUAGAAUGCUUAUAUAACUAGUCCACUAACUGCAAAGCGA